AUGGCGUCCGAUAAACCAGAUAUCGUCGAGGUGGACAACCGCUCCCUCGAGCGGGACGCUGCCGACCACGAAAAGGCCACAGCAAUCCACACGAUUGACAACAUCCGAGUCCUCGGCCUGAGCGACGAAGAUGCAGACUUCUACAACAGCCACACGGAGAAACAGCGCAAGUCGAUCACUCGAAAGGUCGACAUCCGCCUGGUGCCCAUGCUGGCAAUCCUGUACCUCAUUUCACACCUUGACCGUGCCAACAUUGGAAACGCCAAGAUUGAGGGCCUAGCCACCGACCUCAAGCUCGACGAUAUCCAGUACAACAUUGUCCUGUCACUGUUCUUCAUCCCGUACAUCCUGCUCGAGAUCCCCUCCAACAUCCUCCUCAAAAGAUUCAAGCGCCCGAGCGUCUAUCUCGGCAUCCUCGUCACGAUGUGGGGUAUCAUCAUGACCCUGCACGGCGUGGUACAGAACUUUGGUGGUCUCUUGGCUGUUCGCAUGCUGCUCGGUGUCUUCGAGGCCGGGUUCUACCCGGGUGCCGUGUAUCUCUGCACCUUCUGGUACAUGCCCCGGCAGCUGGCGACUCGCAUCGCGUACUUUUACUGCACGUCUGCGCUGUCCGGUGCCUUCUCCGGUCUGCUUGCCGCCGGCAUUGCCCAGAUGGACGGCGUCGGUGGCUACGAGGGCUGGCGGUGGAUUUUUAUCCUCGAGGGCAUCGUGACCGUUGUGCUCGGCGUCAGCUGCUUCUUCUUCCUCAUCGACUCGCCCACGCUCUCCUCUCGCUGGCUCCGCCCUGAGGAGAUCCGCUUCCUCGAGCUGCAGCACUUUAUCAAGCAAGGUGGCCGGUUUGCCGACGAGCACGACGACAAGAAGUUCAACUGGCACGAUCUCAAGAUGGUCGUGACCAACUGGCGCCUGUACAUGCAGGCGUACAUCCUCAUGUGCAUCUCGGCGUGCUCGUACGGCACCAAGUUCACGCUGCCGUCCAUUGUCAAGGGAAUGGGCUUCACCAACACAAACGCCCAGCUCAUGACCGCCCCUGCGUACGUUGCCGGUGCCGCAUCCUCCAUCUUCUUUGCGCGUCUGUCCGACCACUUCCACUGGCGCAUGCCCUUUGUCGUCAUGCCUCUCGGCCUGAUCACUAUUGGCUAUGCGGUCAUCAUGUCCUUCCAGGGGGAUCUGGCGGGGAGCCACAUCGGGCCGGGAUAUUUCGCCCUCGUCCUCUCGUGCAUGGGAAUUUACCCAGUGCAGCCAGCCGGUUCGUCAUGGGCGGCCAACAACCUCGCCCCGUCCUCGCGUCGUGCCAUUGGCGUGGCCUUCAACAUCUGCGUGGGCAACAUUGGUGGCAUCAUCGGCAGCUACAUGUACCUUGACCGCGAGGCGCCCACCUACGAGACCGGCUUUGGUCUCUCGUUGGCCUUUGGUGCCAGUGGCAUGCUGGUCGCGGUCCUGCUCGAGCUGAGCUACAAAUGGGGCAACGCGAAACGGGCCAAGCUCAGCGAGAGUGAGAUUCGGGAGCAGUACAGCGAUCGGGAUCUGAUGAAGAUGGGCGACAAGAGCCCUCUUUUCAAAUACACCUUGUAG